UCAUUGCAAAUCAAAAAUUUGACUGAUAGAAACCCGUCAGACAUGUGAACGCCACCCCCUAGUUUGAAUAAUCAGCAUCGCAUCGCAAAAUUCCCAGUCAUGUUGUUCAAAAAAUUCUCACUGCCAAUCGGCCUGGUGCACCGUCGCGGCUACUACACCGUCAAAAAGGACGACACGGUGAUGGAGACGUCGAGCGGCCACGCCGUCAACAUGGCCUACGCGUCCUACGAGACCACGAGUGAGGACAGCGGCCGUGCCACUCCCCUGCUGAUCUUCCACGGCCUGUUCGGCUCCAAGAGCAACUGGAACUCCUUCUCCAAGGUCUACCACAACACGUCGGUGCCGCCGCAACGGAAGAUAUUCGCGGUGGACGCCCGCAACCACGCCGACUCGCCGUUCACCGAGAGCCACAACUACGACGACAUGGUUUUGGAUCUGAAGAAGUUCCUCGACACCUCUAACAUCACGAAGAUCAACCUGCUGGGCCACUGCAUGGGCGGAAGGGCUUGCAUGUUGUUCUCGCUGAAAUACCCGGAGUUGGUGGAGAAGUUGAUCGUGUCGGACAUUUCACCGAUCACGACGAGCGUGAACUUCAAGAGCAUUGCGAUGUUGUUUUCGGUGAUGAGGCUGCUGAAGCUGCCCCAAAACAUGCCCUUGUCGAUGGCGAAGAACGAAGUGCAAAGGCACCUGUUGGCGGUCGUCCCCAACAAAAUUCUGAGGGGGUUAAUCGUCAACAAUUUAGUACAAAAGUCCGAUGGAAGCUACAAAUGGGGACUGAACUUGAACUCCCUGCUCAACAAUUACGAGAGCAUCGCCAGUUUCCCUGACGUGCACAACGUCAGCUUCGACGGACCGGUCAUGUUUCUGGCCGGUGCCAAUUCUGACUUCGUACAAAGGAGCGACCUGCCCCGCAUCAGAAAAAUGUUCCCCAACGCCCAACUGAAGUAUCUCGAGAACGCCGGCCACUGGCCGCACAAAGAGAAGCCGAACGAGUUCCUCAAGCUGACCGUCAACUUCCUGAACUCGCAGCCGCAAAGGGAAGACGAUCCGGGCCACGCGAAGGAGCCGACGUCGAAACCGCCGGACGUCGAAAAACCGGAGGACAAGAGUCUGGUGGAAAAGUCGCCGUCUGGUGCGAAGGACGACGACGACAGUCUGUUCAAAACCGACUCGGACGUCAAGAUGAUCGAUUUGCAGAUCGAUUUCUCGAAAGUGACGCGACAAAAUGACGAAACAACGAAAGAAGUUUAAUUAAAUGUUCACGAAGUGGUACACGAAUCAUGGUGAUUGAAGUCAAGCAACCAAAAAAAUAAAAACAUGUGAUCAAGUAAUAAACGUUUCAUUACAGUCAUUUUU